UAAAAGGUCAUUUGAUAUAAGGUGAUUAAUGUAAGAUGGCUUUUAAUUAUCGGAUAUGCUAAAUAUGAGGGAUUUUGACAUUGUUUUAUUAACAUGAUCUGCUUUCGGUUUCACAUACUAGGUUUUUCUGGACUUACCAGAUAUGACGGGAUAGAUCCUUAGAUUUCUGAUAUGGCUGUAUCAGGGCGUAAAUCAGAGCAACAUCAGGCGUCAGUUUUACGAGGGUCGGCACAGGAUUAUGAUCAUAGCUGUGAUGCAUGUCUCAUCGAUGGACAGGAUGUGGAAGCUCAUGGAUAUUGCAUUGAUUGUCAAGAGUAUUUAUGUGUAACUUGCUUCAGGUCACAUCGUAAAAGCAGGGCUUCCAGAGAUCAUACAUUGGUAGACAAUACAGCAUCUCUGCCCGCAACUCUCAUUGAAUCAUCAGCAGGAACUUGUACAGUCACAGAGAAAUGUGCCGAACACGAAGGCCAGAUUCUUAAGUUCUUCUGUCCAAAACACGAAGCUCUUGCUUGCCACGACUGCGUGACACUUGACCACAGAACGUGUGACAUUGACUACAUUCCGAAAAAAUGCGUAGGCAUAACCAGAAGCAUGGAGUAUAUCGACACUUUUAAGAAGCUGAAUGAUCUACUUGAUGAUGUAAACUGCGUGCAGAAAAUGGCCGAAGAAAAGAGUUGUGAAGUUGAAAAUGCACAUAAAAUAGUUGUGGAAGAAAUAGAUAAAUUCCAAAAAGAUGUAAAUGAUUGCAUUUAUCAACUUCGUUGUCAAAUUGUAGGUGUAGUGGCAAGCGAAACGAAAAAACAAAAUGAUUAUAUUGGAACCAUUCUGAAAGUUUGUGAAGAACUGGCAACGGUUAUAAAAGACGUCAAAACGAGUUCGCAUGACAACGAAGCUGCUCAAAGAGAAGGACAGGUAUACAUCUCCAUGAAGAGAGCGGAACAGAUUAUCAAGUCUCAAGAUAUAAAAGAGGCAAAGACCGAUCUUCAAGCCAUUCCUUCUAAGUUUACUUUCGAACGGAACAGAGAAAUUGAAAAUAUUCUCUCAGGUCAAAUGACCUUUGGAACGCUGAUAAGACCAAAACGUCAUAAGAAAUCAGAAACGACGAUGCUGGUAGCAGAUAUUUACUCUAAAACGCACAGAAUUACACAUCCUAAAGUCAAAAAAUACUUUGAGUGUAGUCAUGGAAAAGACUGCAGGAAGAAAGUAGAGUUGAACACACCCUGUGUAAUUGAAUUUUCUGGAAAAUUGGAGACAGAUGAAGACUCGUGCACAAUUACCAUAUAUGCCGAGAAUAAAGUAAAGGUAGAGGCAGCUAUACGAAACAUAGAACGCACUGUCGAAAAGGAAUGGAUGGUGAAGAUAUUAGAAGAUCAAGGGAUACACAGAUUGAGUUUCAUUGAUAUAAAGAAAGUUAAAGCCAUGGCAAGAAACAAUCACGUUGACGUAACAGUAGACACAGAUCUCGGAAACAUUGUGGUGAUUGGGCUUGUUGCAAAUGUUCUCGAGGUUUUUGAUGCUAUACAUAGCCAGUUACGAUCUGCAGAUAAAUCGUUUUACAUGAAAGGUAAAGCCAAAUUAAUGUAUAACAUCGUUAAAUGGCUUCAUCUAAAAGACCAGAAGGAAGUACCAUUUCCUGAUCGUGUAAAUCUAGAGAUAGAAACUGCAUACAAACAAAAACAAAAGCAAGUUAAAGUCUGGAACAUUUCAGGCGGUGAAUACGAGAUUGAUUUCGGAAAUAUGACGGUGCAUGACGUCAAACAACCAAAUACGAAAUUUCCUGUGAUAAGAAGAGAUCUUGUUGCGGGUGCUAGUUUUGAUAUUCCGAAGCACUGGCAAUCGAUGGAAGAUAAAGAAAACUUGAAACUUGUGACUUUGAACCAAGCAGAUUCCGAGUACAGUAAAGUGGUAUCCGAGUUUACAAAAACAUUAGGAAGGGAACCAAAUAUCGUGAAGAUUGAAAGAAUUCAGAAUAAAACUUUAUAUACACAAUACGCAGCCAAGCGUAAAGAGAUGAACGUAAAUAACCCUAAGAAGAAGGAUAAUGAAAAAAUGUUGUGGCAUGGAAGUGCUGACUAUGCCGUACAAAGUAUCAAUUCACAUGGUUUCAACAGAAGUUACUGUGGAAAGAAUGCGACCGCAAUAGGCCAAGGUGUAUAUUUCGCUGUUAAUGCAAACUAUUCGGAACAAGGAACAUACUCGCCCCAAGGAAGUGACGGAAACAAGAGGAUGUAUCGGUGUUUGGUAUUGACGGGGAAAUAUUGCACUGGAUCAAGCGAUAUGCGAGUACCACCAGCAAUAGAUAAAUCCAAGCCGCAUAUUCUCUAUGAUUCUGUCGCCAACAGUACUGCAAGUCCAGUCAUGUUUGUCGUCUUCAGUGACACACAGGCAUACCCGGAACAUCUUAUUACUUACAGAUAGUCUUAAUGCUUUGCUCUUAGUUACAACUGUGAUCCAAAGACAGAACAAUGUUGACACUUAUAGAGUCAAUUGUAUAAUGUUAUAGGACACUAUUAAUUUUGUCAGCACACCUUCGUUCCAAUCUCGGUAAUUGUUAGAUAUAUGAAAUAUGUUCGCUGUUUGUAAUUCAUGCAUAAUACGUAAUGAGCUUCAGAAUGCUCACAAAACAAAACUGCCAGCAUAUUAUAAUCACAUGAUUAAUUAUGUGUCCUGUCAUUCUCAUUGUGUUAACUAAGAAACUGAUGAAAUGUAUUUUUCUUUUACUUUAGCUUCUGGGUGUGAUUGCUUGUUGUCUAUAUCAGUUGUAGCGUAAUGUUUGAAAACAAUGAAUGGAUGUUUCGUAGCAAAUACCAAAGUCCUUUCUGGAUCUACGUACAUAAUCA